AUCAGUCGUCAAGGUCAGCUGCUUAAAGCGGAACUAUUGUAAAUUUGCUGAGUUUUCGAUCCCACUUACGGUAACAACUUGUGGAUGUUUAUUUACAGUAGCGCUAGUUACAUUUACACAUAAACAUCUUUCCGAUUUGUCAAUACACUUUAAAGAAUUCAAUGAGAAUACAGAAGUGUUGUUGGUUAUCUUGCAUUUGAAAUGUCAAGUGUUGCGGCUUCUGGUUUAAUUGGCCCAAAUUCUGGUCUUAUUCCUUCACAAGUCGUGAGAAACAACCUUGGAAAUUCAGAUGAGACUUUCAUUCGAAGAGAUCUCACAAAACCUCAGGAAUACGAAUCGGAAACCGAGUCGGACACUACUACAGACGAUGAUGAUACAAGUGAUGACGAUAAACGACUAGCUAAUAAUCCAGUACUUAAAGAGCGAUUAAAACAGCUCGAUCGGUAUGCUACCCCAAUCAAACAUCAUGCCCACUCUCCAGUUCAAAUGAGUGAUCAACACACCCUAUCUGGUUUAUACGCCACAAACAUGUCAGCUUCUGAUCAUACACCUCACAGUGGUCCUGUUUCUAUUCAUGUGAAGCCCAAUGAAUCUUCUGAGGUAAUAGAUAGUAGCUCUACUCCUCCUGAAUAUCGUUCUCACCAAUUAUCUGUCGCUGAAUCACCAACUCCUUGCAGUGGUCCUGCUUCUCUUAAUACAUCUCUCACCCCCAAACAUAAUCUUUCCCCACCGUAUACCAUUUCGGGUAAUAAUACCACCAUUCGUGGACCGAUGCAUCAGCAUGAAACAGAUGUAGCUGAUACGUAUUUCCACCUUUCAAAUACUUUACCACAUAAGUCUAACGAAUUACCACCUGGAUACAAAUAUGGCGUAUCUUUUAACUCACUUGAUGUGAUUCAUUCGAAUGAUAUUUUUGUUGAGAAAGUUGGGGCUAACCAAGACUGCGUUUGUAAAGUCUGUCAUACUGCGUAUCCUAACCGAUCUUCUCUACGAAAUCAUAUGAAGAAGCAUGAAAAUCAUAGCUUAAAGCGUCAUCAAUGUGAUCACUGUCCGUAUUCCACACAGUAUGGGAAGAACCUAACCAAACAUAUAGAGUCGAUGCAUACUGUUGCUAAUUCUCAAGAACUUCACUGUGAAGGUUGCUCUCGACGAUUUCCAAGUGAGACUCUUCUACGUGAUCAUGAUUGUAUUAUGGCUCAGUGCAACACUUAUCGAUGUAAUGAAUGUGGCAGAGUAUUCAAGACGAAAUUGCGUUUAAGAUAUCAUACAGAUGUACACAAUCCAAGAAAACCUUAUGUGUGUGACAUUGAAGGUUGUGAUCGAGCUUUUCGUACGCCAAAGUAUCUCAAAAAUCACAGGGAUGAAUUUCACAGAAUACAUCCCAAAAACUACGCAUGUCCAGUAGAACAAUGUGACUUAGUUUUUCACCGAAAAACCCAUCUAAAGCGUCAUAUUGCCACACAUGAGGAUUCUGAAAAGAAAUAUCAAUGUCAGUGGCCUAAUUGCCAGCGUCGGUUUUGCAGUGAAGAAACACUAAACCUUCAUUAUCGCAAGCAUACUGGUGAAAAACCUUUUAGUUGUGCUCUCUGUUUGUAUAAUUGUUAUGACAGAUCAAGUUUGAACGAACACUAUCAGAUACAUCAUGCCAAGGAUGGGAAUAUUGAUUAUGAUUCUAAGGAUAUUCACCACCAAAUGCCUUCGUCUUGUUCAUCACAACAUCCGGAGACGCUGGAAUACAGAGGAACUUGCACUGCUGGAGGCUUAGUAACACGAACAUCUACACCUGUACCAACUUUACGUCAUCGAAUGGCUGAUAUUUUAGACUCAUGUGCUCCCCAGGUUCCUGGACCUCUUGACGCAGAGAUUAGUGGGAUUUUGGAUAGCCUUGACAAAGAAUCGGAUCUACCAGACUUAUUUGGCAGUGGAGGAUUCGAAACAGAUCGUUCGAACACGGAAAGAAAAUUUAUUGAUAACUCAAACCAGUGUGUCAAUGGUCUAAUUUUUCCUUGUCGACAAAAUAUACAACCGUCAUGUGCAACCCCAUUACCCUCGGUCUCGUCAUCCAGUGCCAUCACAACAGAAUCUGGAAGUAACGAGUCUAGUUUGAACUUGGUUUUGCUUAAUAUUCUUUCAGAACUUCAACAUGCAGAGUUAUCUGGUUCCGUUGAGGAGUUCGAAAAAGCGAAAUCACACGUUUUAUCUGUACUUCCAACAUUCGUGAUAGGAGAAAAGCUAACUACCCAGAUUAGUGAAAUUGUUGACGAAGUGAAUGAUGCUCUCGUAGCCCAGCCUUUGCAUGUCGUACGGGCUGCUUUUCAUACUGCUCGUCCCUUCACUCGUGAAGAAUCAUAUAUGAUCGGAUUACUUGAACAGCAAAUGUCAUCUGAGUCCUCCCUAAUAGCCCCGAAUCCUCCAAGAAGACGCGGUAGGCGUCCGAAACUUCAACAGCAACUACAACCUUAUCUUCAACGCAUAUUUUGUUUAGAAUCUGGAGCAGCAGAAUCUAUGGCAUCACAGUUAGUAAACGCCUCACAGAAGGAUAAGCGAUCCAGUUAUUAUGGCUACUAUAGAAGCUCUGGGUUUAGAAGAGGUCGGAUUUCUCGUAGUCGUGAAAGACCUAGUAAACAUUUCCAAUUAAGCGUGAAAGUCCCACGGGAUGAAUCAGUUUCAGGAACUAACCAUUUUAAUCACUCUCAGUAUCAUCCCUCGGGAAUAGGUAUAUCCUGUGGUAGUAUUGCAAGAAAACAUCAAGGUAGUGGGGGAUAUCAUAUUGAACGAAUAUCGGAUAAUAUCCAUACUAACUUUUCCAAUGAAAUCAGUUCUCAAAGAAAUCUUAUGGAUCAAUAUAAUACUCACUCCGAACUUAUUGAUAAUUUAAAGCGCCCGAAUGGCUUUCAUUCUAUUCAUUCACAGCUACAGUCAGAAGGCUUUAACUAUUCAACGGAGAGGUUUCGUUUUCCACAAGAAGAUCUCUUAAAACUGAAUAGGAAGUUCCGAAGUCCCGAUGGUGAAUUCGAUGAUGGUGAAAAUAGUGAUAUUUUAACUCGUAGAUAUAUGCAUAUUCAAAAAAAAUCUGAUUCAGCUCAUAAAGAUAAUAGAAUAAGAGAUCAUGUGAUGAGAGAAUCCAAUUUUGAAAGUGAAGAAAAUUCCAGACGCGAUGAUUCACAUGGUGUAAAGAAGUUCCUAGAUCAAGAAACACUCGGCGAAAUGCUAGAAGAUUUCGGUGUUAUAGUACAGCGAAUCGGAGAAACAGCUGUAGCGAGAAAACAUCAGAGCUACUUAGAUGGUCAACCACUUAAUCUUUCUGAUUUUACACAUGGGGAACAGUUUUCAGGUUCUAUAAACUCUCGUCCUAUUCACAACAAAAAUGGAAAUGAUGCACAAUCUACCCAGCUCCCAUCAAUGGUAACUUUAACCUCAGGUAGUGUCAGUACUCCUCCGAGUGUCGAAGAACGUACUCCAGGUUGUGUUUCGAAUGCCGAACCUCAAGUUCUAUCUCCUCAUCUGUCUACAGCAUCUUUGCACGCUCCAUCAUCGAUAAAGUCGUCUCAUCCGUACAAUCAAUCCAGCACACCAAUAUCAGAUACUGACAGUUUAAUUUCAGGUAAACCGUCCACCAUCACGUUAAACACUUCUCAUAAGUCAGAGCAGAUGACAUACAAUUCAGCUAGUAAUAAUUACCAUCGAGUUGCACCAAUGUGGUCUUGUGAGUCUAUGUGUUGUCCACUAACUCGAGAUGAGGAAGUCAGUAAAGCAGAGGAAUCUUGCCCUGGUAACGAUUAUUCCUCUCAGGUUGGUCAAACAAGAAUUACUCAGUCCACAGGAAAUUACUCUGAGGAACCAAAUGGGGACAAAAACCAGUGCUUUUAUCCAAAAGAUUUAAGUACUAGAGUACUAUCUUUUGAAGCUGGUUCUGAUUCUACUCAUAACUCGUCAACUCAACCAAGAGCUUUUACAAAACCUGAUCCCAGUGACCCUGAGUUCUCUGGCUUGAGAUAUGAAACAUUAGUUAGUCGUCCUGUUCACUCAUCUUCCAAAGCCUCAGCAAUGGGUUCAUUGAUAUCAGCAGCUGAGGCAGUUGAUCAUUUGCGGUCUUUAUCUGCUUUAGGAGCUAAGUAUACAGCAUCUGUUGGUGCACCGACGGAGGGUCAGUACCAGCCUCAUCAGAAUUUACGUCCUGGAGAUUAUUCUUACAACUGCACCCAUGUUCAUUCAGAUGGUUUACCGCGUAAUGAUUCCUCAGAACAUUCUGAAUCUGCAACUUCAUAUUUGUCAUAUAACUCUGCGCUAAUUCCAACUCAGAAUGCAUUUAGCGCCAAUGUGCCAUCACUAAAUAGUCUCCUCUAUCGUGGUCGUAAAUCAGAGGAAUAUCUUAAUUCUUUAUCUGGAGUAACUGGUAAUGAAUUAAAUCGUGAUAAUUCCAUUAACAUCGAUUCAAUUUCCGCAACUAACACUAAUAUUAAUGCUCAGAAUGAUGUCAAAUCCUUAUCAGUCAUCAGAUCUACUGGUUUCGGAAAUUACAUUAAUUCAAGUGCAUUUGGUAAUCUGAAUAAUUACUCAUCUGCGGCUGCUGCCGCCGCUUAUCACCACUUAUCACGUUGUAAUACUAGCAGUAAUAAUAAUAAUGCAGACGAUCAACUUGAAUUAAUAGGACGUCAUAAUUAUACGAAUAAUCCAACUUCUUCCUCGUCAUCGUCAUUAACUCAUUCCUUUAUCACAUCAUGUGCAUCUCCAUCUAUUUCAGUACGAUCUAGUCUUCAAGAAUUUUAUCAGAAUCAUCAUCACCAUCAGCAUCAUCAUCAUCAACAACAGCAACAGUCAAUUACUAGACCACCAGUUCAAGAGUUAACAACACGUCGACUUUUAUCUGAGGCAGCUGCAACAGCCUAUGCACAUGGUCUAGGUCGAUGUGAUAGUCAAACUAUUGGUGGAUUACCUGUUUCAUCUAUGCUCCAAGAAGCCCAUUCCGAAAAUUUACGUAAUAAUCAAUUCAACCCAACUGGAUCAUCAUGUACUCAAAAUCAGUCUCGUCAUCAUUCAACUGGAAGUAAUCAGUACAAUACACAGUUAUCAGUACCAUCUAACAAUCGAUUACUGAAUGAAUAUAUGUUUUCUAGUAAUAAUAAUUCAACUAGUGAAUAUUCGAAUACAAAUUAUACAGAACAUAAUCCCGGUGCUACAAAUGUGCUUGAUAGUAGCAUUAAUCCACUUUACUCGUCUCAUUUACAUCAAACAAAUAUCAUGCAUAAUGCCUUAUCUAAAUCUAUAGAACAAUCUCAGUCAAAUAAUGCUAGUCAGUUAGUUCAUUCGAUUAAUGAAGUAUCUAAUUUAGCAGCAGCUGAAGCGGCAGCCGCUGCUGCUUAUGCAUACCAUCAAUAUCAACAACAAGCACAAGUUAUGAAUCGUCAACAUCCAAUCAUUUCACAACAACCACCAAGUGCACAUAUAAACUAUCAAAAUUUAUUUAAUCAAACUAAUCGUUCUUACAAUCAUCAUCAGCAUUCAGGACAAUUAAAUGAACAAUUAUCACAGAGAGGAGAUUUAACCUUAUAUAAUAAUACUACACAUUCAGAAAAAAAUGAUCCAAAAGCUGCUUAUUUAGCUGAAACUUAUCGAAAUGCUCAAAUUACACCAGGAAGAUUUUUAUUUUGAUGAAUUACACACACAAACACAUAGUGAAGUGGAUGGAUACUUUCACCAUUCAGCUUUUCUCUCUCGAAAUAGUCUUUCUUUUUUUUAAAAAAAGGGAAAAGAAUAUUGUAUUAAUUGUUAGUCAAGCCCACAGCAUACUGUGAAAUUUCGAUUUUAUACACUUACCAUCUGGUACUAUAUGGAUUACGAUUUACACCUUUUUAACAUAACCUUAUUAUUGUUGUGAAUAAUUAUUCUAUGCAAAAGAUUGUUAUAAUUAAAAUAAUACAUCACAAUUUAAUGGUACCUCGCAUUAAUUGGAUUCUUCUUUGUAUUAAUGAUACAUGUAAUAUACAUUAUACAAUAAUAAUUAUCUCAUAUUUAGUAAUUUUUAGUUCCUUAAGUGUAAAAGAUAGAAUAAUUGAGAAAAAUCAAGAUCAAGUUAGUCAUUUAUCAUGAUUAUUUUUAAUUUAUUAAUUAUUUCUUGUAAAAUGACAUUACAACAUAUUUUAUAUUUGUAAUGUUUAUUCAAUUAUUAUCUAUUAGUGUUUCUGUAAUCUUUUUCAAUUUCUUUUUAUUUGUUUGUAUGGUCUUAAUUUGUAAUGUUUAAUUGAAGGAUUAAUUAAUAAUUUUGAUAAGUGAUUAUAAUGAGAUGCAUUUAAGUGCAAUAAGAGAAAAUAUUCACUUUUACUACUGUUAAUUAAUGCUGUAUUACACUUUGUUAUUCAAAUUUUAAUAAUACAAUUUCAAGAAGAUAUAUUACAAUGGAUUGGACGGUAUUUCUACUUCUAGCCCACUCCCAUACUUUUCUUUGUAACAAUCAUUUCAUUGUUAAUCUUCUCCUUCCUUACGUAUAGAAUAAUUAUAUUUGAUUGUCUUCCUUGUUUGUUUUUCUUCAAAUUUCUACACUUGUCUUUUCUCAUUUGUUCUAUUUCUAAACAACAUAUGAGUGCUAAUAUUGCAAUUUAUGUACCAAAUACAUCAACGAUAUAAUGUUUAAUUCUCUUUCUAUGAUCAUUAUUUGUUGUUUAACGAAUAAACGUACAAAUGUACAACAAACAACAUGGAGCAUUCGUUUGUUCACGCUGUAAGAUAGAUAAAUCUGUACAAUUUAUACAACAUAAAAUAGAUCAAUUUGCCUACUAAUGUUUUCUUACAUUUACUUUUUUUUCUUUCAACGCUCAGUGGUUUAUUUACACAUGGCUGGUAAGUAUAACAAGUAUCUGUUUUCCCCGAGAUGACCAUAAUUCUCUUGUAUCAUAUCAUGAUUUAUAGAAUGAUCUCUGUCACUUAUUUAAUAAUAAUACGGACAGUCUUAAUUGUUUAAUUAAUAAUUUAUAACUAUAAUUGUUGCAUCAUGCAUAUAUUUCAAUUACUUUUCUGAAGAAAAGCUGUAUGCAAACAUUUGUCGUUUACUAUUUUUAACUGAUAGGAUUCCUGCAAGUCACAUCAUUAUUCUUACAUUUUUUAUCUGCUGCCAUCACGAAUACUAUUCAUUUAUAUUAUUAGUGACUAGUUCGAAAAUCCGAGAACUUUUUACACAACUGUUAUCAAGGAAUUAUGCUAUUUUCUUAUGUUGUAUGUACUAUACUCAGAACUGAUGUGUGUUUAUACUUUCUCUCUCUCUCUCUCUCUCUU